AUGAGACGUGUGGCCGCUCCUGUAUUGGUCCUCAUCGCCACCCUGGUGGGAGGUACCAUCGAGGUUCAAGGGAAGAAGGCGCCACCUGCCCCUAAGCAGGCUGAAGUGCCCAGCAAGUCGCCUCCCCCUCCUCCUCAGGAGCCAGCUCUCCCCCUCCACGUCGAGGAGGAGUGUUUCGCUGUUCCCUACAGUGUGGAGAAGACGUGCUACAGAGAUGAGGUUGUCUCGCGCCCCUCCAGUUGUCCUCACCCCACUUCUCACGAGUUCUGCGCUGUCAGCCAGCAGGACGCCACGGGCAAGUGCCACCGCUUGGUAGAGCGCGAGGUCCAGUUCCAGUGCCCCAAGGCGUCGCAGCAAAAGCUCUGCGCCAAGGUGCCCAAGACCGUGAAGAAGAACUGCACGGAGCAGGUUGAGGAGAAGUUCGCCACCAGCUGCCCCAAGCAGAUCAAAGUGCCCAAGUGCGAAAUUGUGGCCAAGCCCGCCAACGGCACGUGCAUUGACUACGAGGCCUACAAGCAGGAGUAUGACUGCUGGGGCAGCGAAACCACCAUGGAAUGCACAGUGGAGAUGAGCGUCACUGCAAACAAGUGCAAAAGAGAGGUCCAGACUCCCGAAGAGUACAGUUACGAGGAGGUUGUGACUGAAAGACACUGCACCAAGCGCAGCGCCAUCGACCACGGCAAAUGCCUCCGCAGCACUGUCACUGAGGAGCAGUACCCCUGCAAUGAGCAGAAGUGGGAGAAGAAGUGCCAAGACGUCAAGAAGGUUGUCCAGGAGCCCUGCGAGAAGCAGGUCAAGGGCCUCGAAACCUACGACUGCAGUGAAAUCAAGACCCAGCAGGUGCCCAAGACAUGCACCCGGCGUGUUCCCCUCAAGGCCAAGGUCGAGAGGUGCGGUGACUACAAGAAGAAGGGAAGACUUCUCGCCGGAAAGAAGGGCAAGUGCAGGAUGGUUGAGGUCGACACUGAGGAAAUCGAAACCUACCCUUGCACUGAAGACGUACACAUCUCCGUGCCCAAAGUCUGCACCCGCGAAGUCGCCCGCACCCAGCAGCACAUGUGCCCCCGCGAGGUCCCCGACGUGCAGUGCGAGAUGGAACUCAAGGAAAUCCCCAAGAACUGUGUCCGCCAGGUGACCCAGGAGGAGGAGGUGCCCUGCUCCGCAGUGCAGCACUUCAACGAGUGCCAGGACGUGCCCCGCAAGGUGCAGCGCAAAGGCUACCGUUUCUCCAGCCGGCAAGAAACCUUCGACUGCCCCCGCCACGAGUUCUUCGAGAAGUGCCACGAGAUCAAGAAGCCCCGCAGAAGCACCUGCUACGCAACUCUCUUCAGGCACAUCGAGAAGCCCUGCGAACACCACGAGUUCGAGGAAGUUUGCAACGACGAGGAACAGACCGUCGACACUCCUUGCAUCGACACCCGGCUCGCCGAAAUCGAAUUCGCAUGCCCCGAACACAUCGAGGAGGAACACUGUGUCAACGUUCCCGCCUACGAGAUGGGCACUUGCACCACUGUUGUGCAGGAAAGCGAGGAGUACCCCUGCCCCAAGCGCGAGCCCAGGAUCCGCUGCAAAAACGUCCGUGGCGAAAGGAUCGGCACUUGCUUCAAGCCUGAGACCACCCGGGUCCCGUACACUUGCUACGAGACCGACUACAAGGAGCAAUGUGUCCAGCUCGCCACCACCGAGGCGCCCCCCCAGAAGGUCAAACCCGCAAAGAAGUAA